GUUCAACUCGACAUCUGCCUCCUCGACAAUACUCCGUUAUUUCACAUUCUACGGUUCAACCCUUCAUAAAGGCGACGCUCUCCCAGAGCCGCGGUUGAGCACUGUUGUUCUCACUCUAGUCAACAGGUCUUGGUGUCCGCCGAUCUUCUCGUUUUCCACACAAUGAGAUAAAACCUCGACUGCAACCGGAAGAGAUCCUUUGACUAGGCCACCUCUUCCACCGACCUCUUUUGCGAUUCUCCUCCUGCCAUGUCUUCUUUGUACGGGAGCUCCAUAUCUCUCGCCGGAAGCGAUGCUCGCACGAAUGUCAUCUACGCCCUCGACAGACUGAGGGACAAAUUUCCGGAAAGCAUCACCUGGGAAGAGCUGGUAUCCUUCGUGCUGCCUGUCCACAAACGCACCGACGACCAGGUUAAGUAUUUUCGCAAAUUCUUAUCAGUCAACCCGAAAGUCGUACAUGAGAAAGACACAGACAGUUACAAGUUCAAACCGCUGCAUAGUAUCGCCUCAGCCGAUGAUCUGCUCAAGUUCCUGCAGAACCAAGAUUCGGCUUUGGGCAUCAAUGUGCGAGACCUGAAAGAUGGAUGGAACGAUGUAGAAGGAGCGAUUGACAGACUUGAAGCCGAACACAAGCUCCUUGUGGUUCGCAACAAAAAAGACAACCAUCCGCGCAUGGUGUGGGCAGACGAUCCUAGCCUUGACGCUCCACUAGAUCAAGAGUUCAAAGAUUUAUGGUCGCAAAUCGCUUUGCCGUCUGUGGAAGAUACCAUCAAAGAGCUGAGACGCAUGAACCACAAAACUACUGGUGAACCAGCGCAUGCGGACACAGGACUGAAGCCGAAAGAGAAGAAGAAGAAAGUCCGACGUGGUAACAAAGUCACAAACACUCAUAUGCAGGGUCUGUUUCGAGACUAUUCAGACAAGAGGCCCCAAGGAGGGCGUUAGGCGAAGCCUUCCGAAUGGGCCAAGGACAAAAGCGAGGACACGGAGAACAGGGAUCCUCAUAAUUUUCUGGCAUAACGAGGUCACGCAUCAAGGUUGUGUCUCCUUGUGCAGGGCCCCUGGAGGCUGCAACAUCCCCAAGCAUUUGAAUGGACUUUAAGGCGUCAGAUGCUGACCGAA